AUGGCCACAGGAGGUAUGGCUGUAAUGUGUGUUGGUGAUAUUAUAAUGAGGUUAAAACGAAAGCGUGCCAUAGAAGAAGAGGAAAAUAAAAAGAGAAUGAGAAUUAUUUUUGGUGCUACCGUAUCUGUGAUUGCUUUAAUAAUAGAGUGGUAUCAUAAGACAUUUCUUGUUAAAGAGCCUUCACGUGAUUGGGAUCAAGAAAGACGGUCUUACUUAAACCGUUUGUACGAUGGAAGAGAGGUAGAUUGUAUUGAACAACUACGAGUCAGCAAGAGCGCAUUUAGGAAGUUAUGUGAGAUUUUACAUGGAAUAGGUGGGCUAGUUCGUACAAGAAAUGUUCCUAUUGAAGAAUCAGUAGCUAUGUUUCUGGACAUACUUGGUAACAACGUGAAGUACAGAAAAAUUGGUUUUAUAUAUUAUCGUUCUAAGGAAACAGUUAGUCGGCAAUUCCAUAAUGUGCUAUAUGCAAUGAUGAGAAUAAGCAAGGAAUACUUGAAAUUACAGUCAUCUAUCAUUGGUAGCUCAGAAAGAGAGAAGUGGAAGUGGUUUGAGAAUUGUCUAGGAGCACUUGAUGGAACUCACAUUCCAGUGACUGUGUCAGCUGAGGAAAGACCAAGAUAUCGAAAUAGAAAGGGUGAUAUUUCUACUAACGUCCUAGGGGUUUGUGCCCCUGAUUUAAAAUUUAUUUAUGUAUUGCCUGGAUGGGAGGGUUCUGCUUCUGAUGCUCGUGUUUUACGAGAUGCUCUACGUAGAAAUAAUCGACUUCAUGUUCCACGGGAUAAAUACUUUUUGGUGGAUGCGGGAUACACUAACGGGCCUGGUUUUUUAGCACCAUAUCGAGGAACUAGAUACCACUUAAAUGAAUGGACUGGGAAUCGACCUGAAAAUUACAAAGAAUUGUAUAAUCUUCGUCAUUCAAUUGCAAGAAAUGUAAUUGAACGGUCAUUUGGGUUGUUAAAAAAGCGAUGGAGUAUAAUGCGUACUCCAUCAUUUUUCAGCAUCAAAACACAAGUUAGGAUCAUAAAUGCUUGUUGUGUUUUGCACAAUUUUAUUCGAAUUGAGCAAGCUAGUGAUCCUGUUUUAGAAGAUCAAGAUUCAAGAUUUUUAGCAGCGGUUGAUUUGGAGAUAUUAAAUCGUCCAAUGUCAGAGAGUAAUGCAAAUAAUUUAAAUGAUAGGAUUACAUCAGUUCAAGCAACUGAGCAGUGGACAAAUUUUCGUGAUACAUUUGCAUUGAAGAUGUUCCAGGAUUAUCAAGCGCGACAUGCCACAUAA